GCGGGAGGCGCCGCGCCAGGCACCGCCGCCGCCGCCGCGCCGAGCCGCGCCGAGCCGAGCCGAGCCGCGCCGCAGGUAUAUGAAAGACACGGCGCCACCAUGAGCGGGGUAUUGAAAAGGAAGUACGAAGAGCUGGGGGAUGACGGCACCUACUGCUCCUCCUCCUCCUGCUCCCCGCUGUCCUCCUCCUCGGCUUCCUCUGGCUGGGAAUCGGACGAGGAGAGCUCGCACGGAGAGACCAAGCCCAGCUCGGCCUUAACGCCCAGUUUCACCCCCACGUCUAUCCUGAAGAAAUCCAAGCGACUAAAGAAGAACAAUGUGGAGUUUGACCGGGUCACUGUGUUUUACUUCCCGCGCUGCCAGGGGUUCACGAGCGUGCCUAGUCGCGGUGGCUGCACCCUGGGGAUGGUGAGCAAGCACAGCUCCUCCAGGCAGUUCACGCUAGCAGAGUUCUCGAAGGAGCAGGAGAACGUCCGCCGGGAGAAACUCGAAGAGAAAUUAAAAGAAGAGAAGUUGGAAGCGUUGAAAUGGAAACUGACCAUGAACGGCACGAAGGAGUCGGAAGAGGCCAACCAACUCACCAUCGAAGACAUCUCUGACGACGACAUCGACGUGAGCAACGUGGACCUGGAAGACGGCUUCUUCCUCCAGCCCUACCCAGCCAAGAAGAGGCGGGCGCUGCUCAAAGCCGUGGGAGUGAAGAAGAUCGACAAGGAGGAGAAGCGGGAGCUGCACAACAUCCGCCUGUCGCGGGAAGACUGCGGCUGCGACUGCCAGGAGUUCUGCGAUCCGGAGACCUGCAGCUGCAGCUUAGCGGGCAUCAAGUGUCAGAUGGAUCACACGUCAUUCCCUUGCGGCUGCACCAAGGACGGCUGCGGAAACACCGAAGGGCGAAUCGAGUUCAACCAGGCCCGCGUGCAGACCCACUUCAUCCACACCAUUAUGAAACUGGAGCUGGAGAAGAAGCAGCAGAGCAGUGAGAAAACAGCCGAAGGCGCCGAGUCCUCCUUUCGGGAGAGGCUCCAUCAGUUUGGAUGUUCGGUAGGGAAAACCGUCUUCGAGGAAAGAGCAGUGCCCCUGACGCCGGCCUUCCAGUUCAACAUGGACCUGGAGACCAUCGGGGAGAACAGCUGCAGCAGCGACAUGACGGACUCCUCCAUCUCCUCCAGCCCCAGUGAGGACCUGGAGGAGCCCUACGAGAACGGCCCCUCCGACAAGUCCCAGUCGGACGUCGACGACGACGGCCUGGCAAGGAUACUCCACUUCAACGACUCCGACGUCGAAGAAAACAGCAAUAACUGCCAGGACAACUUGAGUUGCUUCCACCCCGCGGAUUUCUUCAGUGCCGGCAUCGAAGAGCAGUGCGGCCCCGGCGUGGAGAAGGCCAGCACGGGGGGGACGGGCUCCGGGCAUCUGUCCCACCUCUCCGAGUGCCUGGACGAGAAUGCCAACCAGGAUGCGAGCUGUUUUCUGGACGAGGCCGCCCACGCGCACUGCGACGGGCUUUCCUGCUGCGCUUCCUCCUCGGCGGAGCAGUGCUCCAAGAGCUACACGGAUCUCAGCCUUUCCUCUGACUCCUUGGAUUUCUUUCAGUCCUUCUCAGACUAUAACUUGGGACCUCUUUAUAACUCCUUAAAGGAAUACGAGAACCUCGAUAACUUCUCAGCGUUACAGUUUCAGUUGCCUAAUUUCCCUGGCUUCCCGCAAGCUGGAGAUCAGGGCUCCUGUUUCUUGGAGUCCCUCAUCGGGUUGUCUGAAUCCAUCCCAGAAACCCCGGCCCCUUUCACAGACAAUCAACUUUUGGAAGAUGCCAUUAAGUCAUCGCUCAUGGAAACGGUGAAAGUUUAAAAAGCGCCUGCGGGGCGAGGGAGGGAGGGAGGGCAGCUCUGGAGCCCCGAAACUAAAACUGAAGAACGGUCGAGCGGACAAACUUUUGCCGAGAGGAAAAUGUGCUACGAGAAAGGAACUUUCUAAGCAAACAAACUAUUUUUGGUCUUUGUAGAACACGGACGUUUUGACAUACUGCAGCUACAAUCAGUUCUCUUGCUGUUUGUGCAAAAUUUAUAAACUUUCGUGGUGGGGUGGGAGGGUGGG